AUGCCAAGGUCUUUCCUGGUCAAAAAGGUUAAGCUCGAUGAUUUCUCGUCUGCUGACCUCGAGAGCUCUUAUGGCAGAUCCAGAGCGGACCUCAGCCUCCGAUUUCACGAGAAAGGUUACAUCAGCGACUACAUAACCCCGUCUGUGUAUGAAGCAGAGAAUGAAAAUGGCAUCAAAGUGCCCUCACCGGGACCCAUCUACGAGAGCCUGCACAGCGAUUACGGCGCGCCGGACUCGGACCAGCCCGACAGCCCGCGCUCUGAGAUCUCGACCGGGUACAUCAACGGAGACAAUGCGGUGAGUGAGGGCUACACGGUAGACGCCUUCUUCAUAACGGACGGCCGCUCGCGCAGGAGGGCCGUGGGCAGCGCGAGGAGCGCGCAACGCCAUACGUGCAACGAGUGCGGCAAGAGCUACGCCACGUCGUCCAACCUGAGCCGCCACAAGCAGACGCACCGCAGCAUGGACAGCAAGAUGGCCAAGAAGUGCCCGACGUGCGGCAAGGUGUACGUGUCCAUGCCGGCCAUGGCCAUGCACCUGCUCACGCACGACCUCAAGCACAAGUGCGACGUGUGCGGCAAGGCGUUCAGUCGCCCCUGGUUGCUGCAGGGCCACAUGCGCUCGCACACGGGCGAGAAGCCGUUUGGGUGCGCGCACUGCGGGAAAGCCUUCGCCGACCGCUCCAACCUGCGCGCGCACAUGCAGACGCACUCGGCCUUCAAGCACUACAAGUGCAAGCGCUGCAACAAGACCUUCGCGCUCAAGUCGUACCUGAACAAGCACUACGAGUCGGCGUGCUUCAAGGGGGCCUUUUCUCCGCUCAGACCCGAUUCCUGA